UCCCCGCCAACUCCGGCUUCGAAUUCCAUAAAACAAGUGAUCACUCUCUCCAGAACCGCUAGGAACAUGCGACUAACGACUUCUUUUCUCUGAAGAACUUUCUCGGCGCCUACUCUUUUUUUUUGGUGAAGAGUCACUUCCGGGUCCGUCUCUUACCAUCACCCCCAUUCACAAGAAGCAUGUUGUCCAUGGACAGAAUACGAUGCUCAUACUUCGCUCGUGACGGCACGGCACUGGGACCAUGUCCUUAUGGAUCGUCGUGCAAGUAUAUACACCCGGACGACGACGACUGGGGCACAGCAAGGUCUUUCUACGGAACGGGCCCUCAACCCUCUCCCCCUAAGCGACCCCGUCUACCAGCCACUGUGACGACUUUGAGAGAAGCUGAGCUUCUUGCAAAGUUCCACUAUAUCGAUCUGGACCGUUCUUCACCAUGGCCUACAGACCGCGAAGCUCUGCGAUACAGGCCACCCGUUCCUUCAAGCGAAGACGCGUAUCUCCAGCAUAUAUCAACUCUCUUUGUACAAGGUAUCCGUAGGCAGCUAGCAAUCCAAGAGUGCGCUACACGGCGCCAAGAAAUCCGACAAGUAUCUGAAGCUUUUCCGAACGGCAACCAGACGAGUGGUAUUUCAGAAUUAGAGAGAUAUAAGGAUCUCGAUUCUCUCGAGAGCAAGCUGGGGCAUCUCAUGGCUGAGACGCUAGGCGACCUUGGUGAACUUCCCGAACCGGCUACACUGCAGACCAUGGAGACAUACGUUGAGGGUCUGUAUGCAUGGAUGAAGGAUUCCCGAGAUCGGGUAGAAUAUGCGGUCAAAUAUCUCAAGGAAAAUGGCCAUAAGAUCUGGAUACGCGAGCGAAAAGUCAAGGAUGUCAGUCCCCAAGUGAUGGAUAACUUUAAGAUAUUCCUGCAGACCCGAAUCGCCAGAAUCGAAGGGCAGAUCAUACGUGGGAACGCUGAGCUGGUGAAGCAUAAGGUCGUCGAAGUCGAGAGGAUGAGUGAUUGUGGGGAUGAAGAGUACGGCGCGUUGAUGGCCGCGAUGAAGGAGCUAAAAACAGCCCAUCCGAUGUGGGAUCUCCAGGCAGCAGGAGAAACGGUGUUGAGAUCGAAGCUACAACCGGUCUUGGACAAGUUCGAGAAUGUUGCCAUGGCUCGUCUAGAAGAUAAGUUGGCUGCAGUAUUUGGCCAAAGUUUCCUGCACCAGUACGGACUUGGAAAUGGUGCAACUUCGGUCAAAAAAAUGUAACUCUUAGACAAGUUAAUUCUGUAUAUUUUUUUUCAAA